AUGGUCAUAGCUGGGGAUGUAGCGACAGGAAUCCUAGUAGUUGCCCUGUCGGCGGCUCUUCUACUGUCAUCGUUGGUCUCGUCCAACUCCGACGCGGACGCUCUGGCCGUGUUCCGGCAGAGUCUCUCGGAUCCUGGCGGAAAGUUCGAUAGCUGGGACCCGACGCUUGAUACUCCGUGCACUUGGUUCCACAUCACUUGCAACCAAGAAAAUCGCGUCACGCGAGUGGACUUGGGACAUUCAAAUUUAUCAGGCCAUCUUGUUCCUGAACUUGGAAAUAUUGAAUUCCUGCAAUUUUUGGAACUCCACCAUAACAACAUUCAAGGAACAAUACCAGUAGAAUUAGGUAACCUGAAGAAUCUCGUGGACCUGUCUUUGAAUCAUAAUAGUUUCUCUGGUGUCAUCCCUCCAACAUUAGGGAACUUGAAAAAUCUAUUAUCCUUACGACUCAACGAUAACCAUUUGACUGGUCAUGUUCCACGGGCAAUUCUCGAAAAUCAUAAUAUCAAAGUUUUGAAUGUUUCAAACAACGACCUUAGUGGCCCAAUUCCAACUACUGGUCCAUUUGAACCCUUCUCCUUAAACAAGUACCACCUUCUUCUCAAUCUUAGAAAAAAGGGAUUGAUUAUGGUCGAUGGCAAAGAGGUGUGA